CGGGCUCAGGAACGAGGCGGGCGCUGCAACAUCUAUGGCUUCCGGGGCGGGAGACGAAGAAGGUGACCCGGCCGGAGGGCGGAGUUCUGCCGCCGCCGCUUGCUCGCGAGCCAUGCCUGUGGUGCAGCAGAGAACCGGCCCCCUCGUGUCCUCCGUGGCUGGUUCUUUUGCGAGGCUCCUGUGCGCCCAGAGAAGAAACUGUUCAGCUGCUUCAGCAUCACAGCCGGUGAUUGCUGCCAGGCAUCCCUUCCAGGUGGACCUAGAAGCAGGGAAGCGCUAUGCUUGGUGUGCCUGCGGCCACAGCAAAAAACAGCCUUUCUGUGAUGGCUCCCACAAAAAAGCUGCCCCGAAGAUCUCUUCCCUGAAGUUCAAACCAGAAGAAGCAAAAGAAGCCUGGCUGUGUGGCUGCAAAUACACGAAGAACCCUCCGUACUGUGAUGGCACCCAUAAAGAAGACUUUAUACAGAAAGCAGACCUCCAUUCUCACCCACAGUUGUGAGGGGUGGGGGUGAGAUCUUUCUGAACCCUGAGAAAUGCAGCAGUUGGCAGGAACACAACCAUGGGUAUGGUCUUCCCAGCUGUUUUCCUGAGCCAUCCUUGCUGAAGUGAACCAGAGUUUUGCAGAAGUGCAUGUUCAUGGGUUUCAUAAAGGGUACUGAGGAUAGUAUCCUGGUGGGUGGUGAUAUGAUGUAUAUCCUCGUUGCAAGUUGCAACAUCUGUGUGACAUUGGGCACCUUGGUGAUCGUCAAAUGGAAGGAGGGGGAAAUGUUUUUGCUGUUUUCCAAGGGGAUUGGAUUUCUGCUGCUUCCCCUCACCUUUUGAAAUAAAACCCAUUCGAAAUCUCCUGA